AUGUUGAUGUUCUGUCCCAACUGCCAGAAUAUGCUAACGGUGACGAAAGCAGCUGACUCUAUCAAUAGAUUCAAUUGUCCCACUUGUCCAUAUGAGUUCCCAAUAGUGGGUAUGCAGAUGUAUGAAAGAAAAGACCUGUCUAGAAAACAGGUAGACGAUGUGCUCGGAGGAGCUGGGGCUUGGGAUAAUGUUGAUCAGACUGGUGCUCAGUGUCCCAUUGAUAGUUGUGGGGGUGAUAAGGCAUACUUUUUUCAGCUUCAAAUUAGGUCUGCUGACGAACCCAUGACUACCUUCUUGAAAUGUUGCAAAUGUGGUCACCAGUGGAGAGAAAAUUAG